AUGCAACUUUCUACAACUUCAUCCAAGCUCGUAAAUGGGUCUGCGAGGAGCGUUAAUGGCAUUAGUGUAAUUAAACAAGUCGGUCUGGUCAAGAAAGACCCUCCAAAAUCGUCGACAAGGCUCAAAGAGCUUCCGGCCUUCGAGAUGCCGAAUGUUUUACCUGCCGAUGAUAAGGGCUUCAGCUGGGCCAAUGAGAAUUAUAACUCGGUUCAAAGAACUAUCGACGUCUGGUCCUCAGUAAUUUCCCUUCGUGUGCGUAUUUUUUUGGACACCACAAAGUGGACCUACAUUCGAGGCUUCACUCAAGAAAAGCAGAUAGAGAGAAGGCGAAAAACGGGUUCAUGGUUAAUGAAGCGUGCGUUGCAGCUGGGUCCCACAUUUAUCAAACUCGGGCAGCUAGUUUCGUCGAGGUCCGAUAUUUUUCCUAAAGAAUAUGUUGACGAGCUUGCAAAACUGCAGGACAAAGUACCUGCAUUCUCGAUGGGGAAAGCGAUUAGCUUUGUUGAAAGUGAAUUGGGUGCUUCGAUUGAUGUGUUGUUUAAAGAGUUUGAAGGACUACCCGUUGCAGCUGCUAGUCUUGGUCAGGUUCACAGGGCAAUCUUGCAUAACGGAGAGAAAGUAGUGGUGAAAAUUCAACGGCCGGGACUGAAGAAACUGUUUGACAUCGAUCUUCGAAAUCUGAAGCUGAUUACUGAAUACUUCCAAAGAAGUGAAACUCUAGGGGGUCCCUCGAGGGACUGGAUUGGAUUAUAUGAAGAAUGUUCCAAGAUUCUGUAUCAAGAAAUCGAUUAUGUAAAUGAAGCAAAGAAUGCUGAUAGGUUCCGGCGCGAGUUUCGGAAUAUAAAGUGGGUCCGAAUGCCUAUGGUAUUCUGGGAUUAUACAGCAAUGAAGGUGCUAACGCUGGAGUAUGUUCCCGGCAUUAAGAUAAACCAGCUGGAUUUACUAGAUAAGCGGGGUUAUAAUCGAUCUAGGAUCUCAUCACGCGCUGUUGAAUCCUUCUUAAUACAGAUACUAAGGACAGGUUUUUAUCAUGCUGAUCCUCAUCCUGGAAAUAUUGCCAUCGAUGAGGAUGAAGCACUUAUAUUCUACGAUUUUGGUAUGAUGGGAGAAAUUAAGAGCUUUACGAGGGAUCGGCUUUUAGAACUUUUCUAUGCUGUUUAUGAAAAGGAUGCAAAAAAGGUUAUGCAAAGCCUUGUAGAUCUAGGUGCACUGAAGCCCACAGGGGAUAUGUUAUCAGUAAGAAGAUCUGUACAGUUUUUCUUGGAUAAUUUGUUAACUGAAGGACAGAAACAGCAGCAAACGUUCACUGCAAUUGGCGAGGAUUUAUUUGCAAUAGCAAUGGAUCAGCCAUUUCGAUUUCCUUCCACUUUCGCAUUUGUAGUCAGGGCAUUCUCGACACUCGAAGGUAUCGGCCACACAUUGGAUCCAAAAUUUUCGUUUGUUAAGGUUGCUGCUCCAUAUGCACAGGAACUCCUCGAUUUUAGACAGCAGCAACAGUCGGGGGCUCAAGUCGCUCAAGCAAUACAUAAACAAGCUGAAACCGCAAGAUCUAACACGAUAUCCAUGCCAUACCGAAUCCAACGGAUAGAAAACAUUGUAAAACAGCUCGAAUCUGGAGACCUAAAGCUACGUGUUCGUGUCCUUGAGUCAGAGAGGGCAGCGAGAAAGGCGACUAUACUCCAGAUGGCAACCAUUUAUACAGUCUUGUGGGGCACAUUUUUAAACCUUGGGGUGACAUUAAUCAACCAAAGCAGUCGAGUCAUGGCAAACGGGAUGUUUAUUGUAGCAGGUGUCUUCUUCGCACUACUCGUUCGAUCCAUGCAGAGGGUAAGGAGGCUGGACAAGUUUGAGAAAAUGUUGUGA